AUGAGUGGAAUCGCAACCGCCUGUCUAUCGUGCCUGUCGGCGGUGGACCGAUGGUGCCAUAUCACAGCCUGUCUCGGUCCGAUCGGUGGUCGGUCGCGAGAUGGGAUCUACGAGACGACCUUGGCCGAUAAUGAGCGAGAAGCUGUCUCAGACCUGCUCGGCUACUUGGAGAACCGCGCAGAGACCGACUUCUUUGACGGCGAGCCUCUACGGGCAUUGAGUACGCUGGUUUACUCUGAGAAUGUCGACUUGCAACGAAGCGCCAGUCUGACCUUUGCCGAGAUUACUGAACGAGAUGUCCGCGAGGUCGACAGCGAUACUCUCGAGCCGAUACUAUUCCUCCUUCAGAGCUCCGAUAUCGAAGUACAACGAGCGGCCAGUGCAGCGCUGGGUAACCUCGCCGUCAAUGGUUGGUUCCCUACCCUCAUUUUCAAUCUCGCCUCCGAUUGCUUACUAGGUAUAGCGGAAAACAAAAUGAUGUCGCCCAACGUCGAGGUGCAAUGCAAUGCUGUCGGAUGUAUCACGAAUCUUGCGACACAUGAAGAGAAUAAGGCCAAGAUUGCUCGCUCCGGCGCUCUCGGUCCUCUGAUCCGGCUGGCCAAAUCCAAAGAUAUGCGUGUACAGCGCAAUGCGACGGGCGCAUUACUGAAUAUGACCCAUUCCGAUGACAAUCGCCAACAACUCGUCAAUGCCGGCGCCAUUCCCGUGCUCGUCCAUCUGCUAUCUUCCCCCGAUGUCGACGUCCAGUACUAUUGCACAACAGCUCUCAGCAACAUUGCCGUUGAUUCGACCAACCGGAAACGCUUAGCUCAGACUGAGUCGCGCUUGGUACAAUCAUUGGUUCAUCUCAUGGAUUCUUCGACCCCGAAAGUGCAAUGUCAAGCUGCGCUCGCUCUCCGAAACCUCGCCUCCGACGAGAAAUACCAGCUUGAGAUUGUCCGCGCAAAGGGUCUCUCCCCACUGUUGCGACUCCUUCAAUCUUCCUACCUUCCUCUCAUCCUAUCCGCCGUCGCUUGUAUUCGCAAUAUAUCCAUUCAUCCUCUCAACGAAUCUCCAAUUAUUGAAGCAGGCUUUUUGAAGCCAUUGGUGGAUCUGCUUGGUUCAACUGACAACGAAGAGAUUCAAUGUCACGCUAUCUCUACGCUCCGUAACCUUGCUGCAAGCUCCGAUCGCAACAAAGAACUCGUCUUGCAAGCGGGAGCUGUCCAGAAGUGCAAGGACUUGGUCCUUCGGGUUCCUCUCACUGUACAGUCUGAGAUGACCGCUGCGAUCGCUGUGCUGGCCCUCAGCGAGGAGCUGAAGCCACACCUUCUCAACCUCGGGGUCUUCGACGUCCUCAUUCCUCUGACCAACUCUGAUAGCAUUGAGGUCCAAGGCAACAGUGCUGCUGCUCUGGGCAACCUUUCAUCCAAGGUCGGCGAUUAUUCCAUGUUCGUUCGCGAUUGGGCAGAUUCCAAUGGUGGAAUCCACGGCUACCUUUACCGUUUCCUUGCCAGUGGUGAUCCAACAUUCCAACACAUUGCCAUCUGGACCCUUCUCCAACUCCUCGAGUCUGAAGAUAAGAAACUCAUCGGACACAUUUCACGAUCUGAAGACAUCGUACAGAUGGUCAAGUCGAUUUCAGACAAGAACAUUGAGUCCGACGAGGAGGAAGUGGAUGACGGCGAAGGCGAAGUGAUCACCCUCGCCCGUCGCUGCCUCGAGCUGCUAGGAGCAGGUCCUAAGCAGACCCUGGUGGAAGCUUAA